AUGGAGAGCGUUCAUAAAUCUUUUCUUCUAAUUGUAGCAAUCUUUUUGAUUGUGUUCCAGAGUACAACAACUACAACACAAGGUACAAGAGAACUUCUGGAAAAGAAAGAAGUCCACGAUGAGCACAUCAGGGUAGCUGUUAAAGACCAAAAAGGGGGACUUGUGACAGGACAUGAAGACGGAAAAUAUGGUGGAGGAUAUGGGCAUGGUUAUGGUAGUGGUUCUGGAGGUGGUGGUGGUGGUGGCGGUGGUGGAGGUGGUGGUUCUAGAGGACGAGGAGAUGACAGACAUGGAAAAGGUGGUGAAGAUGGAUGGGAUGAUGGACAUGGAGGUAGAGGAGAUGAUGGCGGUCAUGGAGGUGGAGGGGAUGAUGGGCAUGGAAAAGAUCAUGGUGGAGAUGGUGGUCAUGAUGGCAGAUAUGGUGGAGAUGGAGGAGGAUAUGGUGGUGAUAGAGGGUAUGGGGGCAGACAGGGAAAAGAUAAAGGAUAUGGAAGAGGUUAUGGCGGCAGACCAAUAUACCCAUAUCCAUACAACGGCGGUUAUUGGCAAGGCGGCGGUUAUUGGCCGGGUGGUGGGUACCAGCCAUGGAUUGAUGGGUCGCCAUUUUACAAUGGUUGGGGUCGGUGGAGGGGUGUUCCUCCUCCAUGGUGGAACAACGGGUAUGGUGGCUACGGGAACAAGAAAGAAAAACGUAUCAUGUAG